CGGCGCCGGUGGCCUGCUGGAGGCCGCGGGCUGUGGCGGGUUGUUAAGUUGUGGUGCGGGACAGGGAACCACACAGGCCUCGCUCAGGUGACAGGUGGUUGGGGCAGUGCCGCCGGCCCCGUUGGGGUGCAUGGCCUGCUCUCUGCCGUCCCAUGUUUAUACCGCCUCCCAAACCCUGUCCCGGGGCGGAACUAAAGAAAGGUCAGGUCAGGCUGCCCAGCUUAUCUUCGUCCUGGGGCGGUCCCCGUGAGUGGCUCCCUUUUAGAAUUGACUUUAGCCACGUGUCACUUCCAUGGCUGCGUUGCAGGCCCCGGGGGAGAAGAUUAAUAUCCAGGCAGGAGAGACGACCAAGGUCGGGGACAGGGACCCCCUGGGGGACGACUGGCCCGAGCAGGACAGCCUUCCACCGCGUUCCUGGAGACAGAAGUGCGCCUCCUAUGUGUUGGCCCUGAGGCCCUGGAGCUUCAGUGCCUCACUCACCCCUGUGGCCCUGGGCAGUGCCUUGGCCUACAGAUCCCAGGGUAUCCUGGACCCCAGGCUCUUGGUGGGCUGCGCAGUGGCUGUCCUGGCUGUACACGGGGCCGGCAAUUUGGUCAACACUUACUAUGACUUUUCCAAGGGCAUUGACCACAAAAAGAGUGACGACAGGACUCUGGUGGAUCGAAUCUUGGAGCCCCAGGAUGUCGUUCGGUUUGGAGUCUUCCUCUACACCCUGGGUUGUGUCUGUGCCGCUUGCCUCUACUACCUGUCCACUCUGAAACUGGAGCACUUGGCUCUCAUCUACUUUGGAGGCCUGUCGAGCUCUUUUCUCUACACGGGAGGAAUUGGAUUCAAGUAUGUGGCACUGGGAGACCUCAUCAUCCUCAUCACUUUUGGCCCCCUGGCUGUGAUGUUCGCCUACGCUGUCCAGGUGGGGUCCUUGGCCAUCUUCCCUCUAGUCUAUGCCAUCCCUCUGGCCCUCAGCACGGAGGCCAUUCUCCAUUCCAACAACAGCAGGGACAUGGAGUCUGACCAGGAGGCCGGCAUUGUCACUCUGGCCAUCCUCAUCGGGCCCACCCUCUCCUACGUGCUCUACACCACGCUGCUCUUUCUGCCCUACCUGAUCUUCAGCAUCCUGGCCACGCACUGCAGCAUCAGCCUGGCGCUGCCCCUGCUCACCAUCCCCGUGGUCUUCUCCCUUGAGAGGCAGUUCCGCAGCCAGGCUUUCAACAAGCUACCCCAGAGGACAGCCAAGCUCAACCUCCUUCUGGGACUUUUCUACGUCUUUGGCAUCAUCCUGGCACCAGCAGGCAGUCUGCCCAGACUCUGAGGCGACUGUUAGCUCCCUCCACAGCACAGCCCCUCCUUAGGAUGUGCAGAAGCCAGAGACUGAGAAGGGGUGCAGCUGGCCAGGGUGGGUGCCCAGCGUGGGCUGCCAGCUCCCACCCUUGUGUGUUAGGAUUAUCUUCGUCAGGAUAAUCUGUUGUGGUUUGUUUGCCAUGUUAUGGGGAGCCCUGAAACCACUCUAGUGUCCGAGGAUGAAUUGAACAUACUGUCCUGCUGUUGUUUAUAAUCCCCACUAGAGGGCGUUGUCAGGCCACUUUAGGAUGGGAGGCCCAUCUUGCUUGUUCUGAACAGAAUGCCCUAACAAUUCAUGAAGGAUCUGUGUCCCAGAAGAGCCGCAGUGACAAAGCACAGUACUGCCCUGUUACCUUGGCACACAGGAAAUGGCAAUAAUUGGUGCCAGGUCCCAUUAACAUGGAACACCUGUCCCCUGAAUGUGCUGCUUGCUAGAGAGAAAGCCCCUCAUUAACAACCAUGUGGCUCCCGGCUUUUUGCCUAGGUGGUGGGUGGUUUCAACAUUUCUGUCCUUCAUCUCUCCUUUCACUCAGCGCCACUGGUGAGGAAAAUGUCAGCUCACCCUGCAGCAAGACAGUCAAGCCUGGGGCGGCUGAGGAAAGCCCUCUGCUUUCAGUAAAAAAAGGGGGUGGGGGCUGCUUCCCUCUGUAGAAUCCACUAGGAUGCCAAUCAUUGGGACCCGAAGUGGUAGUGGGAUGCACAUUUAAAGCCCACAGGCCAGUCUCCUCCCGGUUGUCUCCCCAGGUUGUCUCUCCUCUCUUUCUCCCGUGCAUCUCUGUCUUUCCAUCUGUUUCCCAGUCCCCAGACUGUGGGCAGCAGUAACACACAAGUCAGGGACACUUGUCCCCAUCCACAGAGCCUCGGGAGCCUGUUGAACGUACAAGCCAAUGGAUAGCAGUCCUGGCCCCACUCACCAGAGUGGAAAGCCCGGCCAGUGAAAGAACUAUGAAAUAUAGGCCCCUCCUCGCCCUGACCUGUCGCCAUGCUCAGACGGGGUGGUUCCAGUGAGGUCUCACCCCCUCCUCCUGGACACUUGGAGCGUAAUGUCUGCACUGAGGUCGCCCUCUGAGGUCGCACUGAGAUGAUCACGUCCUCAUUGUGAUCAGUUGUCCUGGAGGGCACUGCAGGCUUAGCCUGCAGAAAAUGACCUUGAGUUAGCACUGGGUCACUUCCUUAGGAAAAAAUGUUGAAAAGUUGCCCCUAGGCCGGGCGGUGGUGGAGCAAGCCAGCACUCAGGAGGCAGAGGCGGAUCUCUGUUAGUUCAAGGCCAGCCUGGUCUACAAAGGGAGUUCCAGGACAGGCUCCAAAGCUACAGAGAAACCCUGUCUCAAAAAACAAAAAAAACAAACAAAAAAAAUAAAAGUUGCCCCGAGUUCCUUUGUAGUCAGGAUGGUUUGUCUAAAAGAGAACCGGGGUCCCUGAACUUGGAAGAAAUCCAGAAAUCUUAGACAGGGGCACUCCUUUCCUGUUUUUCCCAGCACGCCAGGCUUGUGGCAUUUGGUGCCUUUGAGGGCCUUGCCUUUGAAGAAGCACCUAGGACCCCUGCUGGGGGCUGACCAGUCACUCGCAGGACCAGUUGUAGUAAGGAGCUGCUGCGGGGCUGCGUCCUGCCACCUGGCUGCCUGUAUGGCUAGCUUUACCCGAAAUAUACAGAAACUGUAUUUUUUUGAACACUGUCUGGCCCAUUAGUUUUAGCCUUUUAUUGGCUAGCUUUUAUGUAUUGAUCUAACCCAUUUUUAAUAAUCUGUGUAGCCCAUGAGGUGGCUUACCAGGAAAGAUCUUAACCUGUGUUUGUCUGGAGCAGGAGAAUCAUGGUGACUCUCUGAUUCAGCUUCUUUCUCCCAGCGUUCUGUUUUGUUUACUCCGCCCACCUAAGGGUUGGCCUAUCAAAUGGGCCUAGCCAGUUUUUUUAUUAAUUAACCAAUGAAAGCAACAGAUCUUAAAAAAAAAUCACUUCCACAACCAGUGGCUUUCACGGUCUAGGCCUGACACGGCUGCCCCCAUCAGAACUGUGUCCGCUGCUGCACCAUGCUCUGGACACAUUUUAAUGUCUAUUUUUAUAUAUGAUCCCAGAGGCCAUAUUUAGUGCCACGUUUUAUAUACAGGCCACCAUAAUUUAUAUCAUGUCUCCUGAUUUAAUGAAGGUUUCCUGUAGAUUUGUUAAUUAAAAUAUGAGAAAACGUCCAUCAGUGGCUUCGUGUU